AUGUGUCAUGAUGUGUCCUUCAUUGUCUUCAUUGUCCAUCAAGUACUUGGCGCACCGUCAGAGACACCGUCUAGUUUCGAAAUUUUGGCUAAGGUCCAAGAGAUCAAGCGGGACAAGACGUUCAAGGAUGCUCCUCACAAAUUUUCCAUGGUAGAUGUCAAAAGCCUUGCAGGUGGUGGACUUCAAGUUUCCAACAUCCUUCAUGUUGACCCCAGCGUCCCCCGCUUCAUACCUUCCAGCAUUGUUCAGGGCUUCAUCAAGACUGGUGUGUGCCGCGGUGCGACGUAUUUGGAGAUGGCGCUGAAGCUAACACUUCCGCAGCCCCUCAACAUGGAGGGCCCCAACAGCAAUGAGAGCUUGGAGCAGGUGACCAUCGCCGGACAGACCUGCAAAGUUUCCAGGUUGCUGGCCCGGAUCCUGGUCGCUGAGCAUUGA